AUGGACGAUUCGGGUGAGUUUUACUAUUACUUAAAAGAUACGAUUUUAUUCGUUCUGACCUGUCUGCGUCUCUUUUCUCUCGCUGGUGAGAUGAUAGAGUAAUGAAAAUGGUACGUGAAAACGCAGAAAUACCCUUGAAGCCAAAAAUAAUCAUCACAAUCGAAUUUUUUCUCUUGUUUAUCCUGACUGGCAUGCUUUGGAUAAAUCUGGAAUCUCUGCGUCUCUUUUCUCUCGCUGGUGAGAUGACGAAGUGAUCAAAACAAUACUUAAAAACGGAGAGAAACCAGUCUUUUCGAGCUUUCGAGCCGAAAUUAAUGAUUCUCAGCUUUCUAAGUUUGUCUUCUAGUUUAUCCCAAUAUAUUAUUUUCAAAAGUAUGAUCUCUCUGCGUCUCUUUUCUCUCGCCGGUGAGAUAGUAAAGUCAAAAAAAUUUUUUUAGUGGCCACUAUAGUUAGGGGACCGCAAAGCCACGCCCCUUUUCGCGAUAGAAAAAAGUGGCUUUUGGUUUUCAACUUUCAUUUUGUUGUAGUUGCAAAAAUAUGUGGAACUGGCGAAUAAAAUUUGACACACAUGUACAGAAAAGCUUCCUCUUUCGUUUAAAAAAUAUUUCACGCUUUUUUGAUGCGUUCUCGCGGAAUGUCGUACAAAAACGUGAAUGCAACUAAAAAAUUUUGUCAUUUUUUGCUUUUUCAUGUGUUUUCAGGUCGAACGCACUCUUUCUUUUUAAAUAAUGAUUUUUGAUUCAAGUAACGAAAAAUUUUAAAACAAUAAAAUAAAAAUUCGUCUUUGCCAAAAAAUUUUUAGGGAGCGCCGAAAGUCAUAAUUCAAAAAUAUCGUUAAUAAGCGAAUAUAAUCAAGUUUUUUUGUUUUUAAAAAAUUUAGAUCAUGGCCUUACUUUAAAUUUUUUUCUUCACAGUAUCUGUGCUUGAAAUAGUUGUUUAAUACGCAAAAAUGCUCUUGAAACUAGAGAAUAAAAAUUAGCGGCGUUUAUCACACAGAAAGCGGUCGAACGCAGGUUUUUAAACGAUUAUAUACAUUUAUUAGUGAAAAAUCUUUCAAUUAAAAGAAUAAAAUAAAAAAUUCGUCUUUGCCAAAAAAUUUACGGGGCCGUUUUAAGGCAGCGAUCGUUAAACGAGGAAAAAAGCACUAAAAAACAGUUUUUCGAAGUGAAUUUUCACGGAAAGUUUGAGUAAAGAUUUGCGAACAUAUUCUGAUAAAAAUAGCUGAAUUACUUCAAGUUUUUAUUUUUGAAAUAGGCAAUCUGUGCUAUUCAAACGGCUCAAGGCUAUGGCGGAUGGAAGUUCCCCUCGCCAGACCUAACAACUUGGCGCAGCGCGUGCGCUGCGAUUUUUCAUUUUGAGGUCGCGAGUUCGAUACCCGCAAGCGUCAGUUUUUUGUUUUCUGGAAAAUACCGACUUUUUCGGCAAACUAGCUGAUGAGCAUCAUUUUAGCACUCUAUUAUGAUUUGUUACAUCAUAAUAGACCAGUAUCAAAACUUGUUCUAGAAGAAAAAUCGAGAAAAAUGUCAAAAUGGAUAAUACCAAAAUUUCAGUACUAAAAAAAUGGUGCGCGGCGCGCCACAUUUUUCGUCAUAACUUUUUUCAUCCUCAAUCUUUUUCGAAAAACUAAACGGUUCUGAGUUUUGAAUCGAAACAGCUAUCAAACCAUACAAAGCUCAAUGCUGAAAAAAAUUUUUUGAAAAUUGGUCUGCGGUCCCUAACUAUAGUAGUCAAAUUAGCGGCCACUUGAGGGGUCAAAAAUUAGUGGUCCCUAAAUAGAGAACCUCCACAGUGGCCACUUAAACGGAAAAUAGUGGCCACUAUAGAGGUGGUUUUAGUGGCCACUUUAGUGUCCUGGGUAGUCCUUGGCAAUUGGCCACUAAAAAUUUUCCCAGUACGAAAUAAAGCAGAGAUUUUUAAAUUUCGGUCCGCAAAAAAAAUAAAUUUCAGGUCCAAACGAGGAGCUGGAGCAGGUCGUGCAGGCGGUCAUAGCCAACGAUCUCCAAGUCACUCCUCAGAUUUGCGUGAGUUCUAGACAAACGGCUCGAGUCAAUUUAACAAGGGAACUACUCGAACUCGGGUACGCGUUUCGAGUUGAAACUUUGGUGGCUUAUAGACCCGGGUAAGAGCACUUGGAAAAAAAAGAGAUUAUCUGCUAAACCCCAUAGACUUCUGAGAAAAAGCUUUUUGAAAAAUGAACAGUUUAGGCUUGAAAAAUUAUUAAAUUUCAGUUUUCCUUCUUCUUUUGGCUGGAAAAAAGUUUUUUAGAGUUUAUCAUAGCCGGAUCAUCCAAGGCGAUUGUAUCAAAAUAUAAAAUAAGGAAAAAGCAGUAUUCUGAAAAAUUUUUCAGGCCUAAUUUUCACAUUUUUCUACUAAUUUUUUCAGUUCUCUAUCGGGUUUAGCAGAUAUUCUCUCUUGUUUUCAGUUAUUCUGGCUUGGGUUUAUAAACCACUAAAGUUUCAACUCGAAACCCGUACCCGAGUCCGAGUAGUAAGAAGGAAAAAUAACGGCUGAUUGGUGGAGACGGCGACGUUUCCCAAGCCGGCCGUGCCUUGGCCAUUUUCCUUUUGUACUCGAUUUUUCGCAACUCGAAAGACAAUGGUUACUCGGCCGCGACGGAGGCUUUUGAAUUGAAGUCUCCUUUUUUUGGUCUGUUCAUGGACGCUCCUAAACUCCAAGUUUUUCGAAACUCACCAUGCGUACGGGGGCAAAGUCCAAAAAGACCUAGGGAAAGGGAAACAAAAGGUCUUCUCAACGUCUUUUCAUGACUUUUUAUCGAAAAGCUCUUCUUUGAGGGGUAAUAAGAUUUUGGAAAAAGAAAAGGCUCACAAAUAGAGGAUCAAAAAACCAAUAAAAAAAGGUCAUUUUUUUCUUGAAAUAAUGCUUGGAAAUAUGCUUGGACCGGCUAUUGAUUUUUCUUUAUUGAUAAUUUUGUAGGAUUUGUGUGACUUCGGGAUCUCAGACUCAAAAAAAUAAAGUUGUACCGAGCUUCAAAAAUAUGAGUCCCAAAUUUUUCUACAGAAAAAAAUCUCUAAAAAAAGCUGCCAAAAUUUUAAAAAUUGUCUAAAUUUUACCUCUCGUGCUGGCAAAGUGUCUCAACGGGCGCAUCCGUUUUUUUUGCGGCAGUUGUGCAAAAAUGGGACAAAAACGGGCAUAAGAAUAAGUAGGCAACCCAGCUUGGUUCAUUUCGAAUUUCUGAGUCCCGACUGAGCAAAAACGGUCCCUGGUAAAAAAGGCCAAAAGGGACAGCGGUGCUUGUACGGGUUUAAAACGGGCACACCCGUUGAGACCGUGUGUUAUCCCCGUGUAAGACUGGUCAAAAUAAAAGAGCUGGUCGUUUUUUCAAAGCGUCCGAAUAAAAUCGAUGAAAAAUAUACAGACCUUUUCCAAUAAUUCGGCUUACAGGAAGUGCUGAAGAAAAAUAAAGGAGAAGGCUUGAAGAAGCUGGUCGCUAAGGAAAUCGCCCAGUGCUUUUCGCUCAGAACCAGAGCCGUCCUAACCAUGCUGUGGUGCGCGCUUGAAGCGCCAAACGUGGGUUCUUUUUUGUCAGAAUAAAAUAUACAUCACUGGCCAUAAAGAUACGCCUAUUUGGUUUUUUGGCGUACACUCUGUAAAAAAUGAAAAGGCUUUGUAGAAUUUGAAGCAGAUAUUUGAAAUCUACAGUUUUUUUCGCCUGAGAUUCGUUUUUUUUUUUCACAGGUCGUCCUUCGUAGUUGCGAGCAAAUGUUCUUGUCUGAAAUUUAUUUCCAAAAAUUAAGAAGUUUUCGAUAAACAAAAAUCUUUUCGUGUUUCGUGUAAACUUCUAAAAAAUCAGUAUUUUUUUCGCCUAACUUUUUAAGUAAAAAAAUAAAUUUCUUACCUAUCGAUUAUUCUGAAUCAAUUUUCAGGUUAUCAACUUCCGGUCGAUGAAAAUGGAGCCCAAAGAGCAGGAGAAAAGCGACGACGAAAUCGAAGUCAGUUCAUUUUUUCAUUCGAUAAAAUGGAAAAUUUUGGUUUAUUGCCGAAAAAAAAUAACAGGGUAGUUUCACGCGAGUUUGCGUGUUUCGUUAGAAUUUCAAAACGCAUUAUUUUUUUUUUCAUUAAACGGAUUUUUGUGUGGAAAGCGCCCCCCAUUACGGAGGCACUUUUUUGUACAAUGAUUCGAGAUGAUUUUCGUAAUCUAACAAGGGAAUUUUGUGAGAUUUUUUAGAGAAAAGCAACCGUACUAUGAUAAAAAUAGGAAACAGAUAUUUCUCGUAUAUUCCUUACCUAUCGAUUAUUCUGAAUCAAUUUUCAGGUUAUCUACUUCCGGUCGAUGAAAAUGGAGCCCAUGGAGCAGGAGAAACGCAACGACGAAAUCAAAGUCCGUUCUUUUUUUCAUUCGAUGAAAUGAAAAUUUUUGGUUUAUCGCCGGCAAAAAAAUAACAGGGUAGUUUCACGCGAGUUGGCGUGUUUUGUUAACAUUGCAAAACUCAUUACUUUUUUUUUCAUUAAGCGGAUUUUUGUCUGGAAAGCGCCCUGGUUACGGAGGCGCUUUUUUGUACAAUCAUUCGAGAUUAUUUUUAUGAUCUAACUAGGGAAUUUUGUAGAGAAAAGCAACUGUUUCCUUACUAUAAUAAAAAUAGGAAGUAGAUAUUUAUUUAUUCUGAAUCAAUUUUCAGGUUAUCAACUCCCGGUCGAUGAAAAUGGAGCCCAAAGAGCAGGAAAAAAACGCGACUACGAAGUCAAUGUCAGUUCCUUUUUUCAUUCGAUAAAACAAAAAAUUUUGGUUUUUUUUGGACCCGGUCCAAACUUAUGUGGUAGGUAGUCCUAGGUCUCGAAAAUCAAAAGAACUAUCUGCUAAGCGCCAUGAGGUACCAUAGGAAAAGUCGGAAGGACCCUUUACGGGCCCUUUGAGCGUCCAUUUUGGGUGCAAAAGGUCCAUUAAUUGUUCCUAAACGGGUGGCAAUGGUUUCCUUUUUACUGCCCUUUUCCGUCCUUUCAUCAGCCUUCAUCCACCCUUUUUGAACCCUUUCGAGAAACGCAAAUCUUUUGCCCACCAAGUAAAAAAGGCUCAAUAAAGGCCGCAAAAUGGAACCCUUUCAGCGGCCAUUUUGCACCUGUUUCCGCACUUUGGCAGUGUCUGUGAAAAAGCUUGUAGAAAAUGUACGGAAAAAUCUCAAAAUUUCCGCUCUCGGCUGAGAUUUUUUUUUUCCGACGCCCGUCAACCCUGGACAAUCGGAGCGCUGUACUGUUUCAACAUGAAGGAGCAGCUGAUCACAGAAAUCCUCAAAACAUGGUUACUAUUUCCUCAAGAAGGGCGAAAUGCUCUUCGCGCCUAAACUUUUGAACAUGUUCUUGAUCAACGACAGCUUUUUAUCAUGUUCUUGAUCGACGACAGUUCCAUAAACCGACGAAAAACUCUUCAAUUAUCCCAUGAUUCAACAGAGAAUCUUCUCUGAAGUCUGAACAAAUAAAUAAAAAUGUGAAGAGCUCAAAAAACCGAUUUCUUUUGGAUUUACGGACUUCUGUAGUUCAGCAUAUACACAAGUUUUUGCGCAAAAAACCCAAUGAGAAUCAGUUUUCGAGUUUUUUUGUACAUUUUCGAUGGGCUAUUUCUCAAUGCCCAAUGGCACUUAGCCGGUGGAUCUUUUUGUUUCCGAGUAAUCACACCUCAGACUUCCUUCCACAGAAGUUUGGACCAUAUCCGCAAUUUUCACCUCACACACUUCCUUCUUAUUAUCAAAAUAAUUCGAUUCAGGAGGAGUUUCUCAAAAACUUGAUGCCCUACGACGAAGAGCUCCAGGAGAAGAUAAAGAAAGACAAAGAAUACGACUAUCGGAGAGCCUCGCUCACUUUGGCCUUCUACGAUACGCGUGACGCCUCCCGAGACGGCACGUUUCAAGAACAAAUCGAACUGAUUUUGGUCAACUUUUACGAUCAGGUACUUUUAUCAAUCUCAGGAAAAUCUGAAAAAAAUCCCUGAACUGAUUACUUAUUAUACAGUAUUUCUAGAGGUUUUUUGGAAACCAUGAUUCGCCCCUUCAGGGGUUAUUUACGUUUCACUUAAGGAUUAUUGAAAUGAAAAGUCAACGGAAAGAACGAAAGAGUAUAGCUCUUUUAUUGAGGCCUAAAGACCUUCCUUUUACAAAUAAAAAGGGGUUAAUGUCUUUUUUUCUCACUGAGAAUGUGACACUCAUAGGGCAAUCAAUUGAAAAAUCCCAGCCAAAAAAAAUUUUUGGUUUUUUGCCAGCAAAAAAGGUGAUCAAAAACAAGAACUUAAUCAAUUUAAUGUCCCAAAUUUUAGAAGAAAAUAUAAAAAAAAGUUUUUUUUAUUCAAAAAUUCUUAAAAGCCCAGUGUCGACUAAAAUCGCAAUUUUCAAAACUCAAAACUUCAUUUUUCAAAUCUCUUCCAGAAUUUUUUCCAAGCACUUUUUCAAAUGACAAGGUUUUUUCUCAGUUCUUAGAUCUGUUUAUUAACGGACUUUAGCAGCUUUUUUGACGUCAGAAUCGGAAUCAGCGUGAAAAAAAUUCCGCUAGUACUACCAUUCAGAAAAAACUGUCAAUAAAAUAGAAUUUUAAUGAUCCAAAGCUCUUCGGAAACCUUCAAGUAAAAAUAAUUUCAGCUAAUCCGGGGCAAUCAAAAAAUUCCCGCAUUUGUGCACAUCAGCGAAAACGUCAAAGAAUACUUGAGAGGUAUCCUUCACAUUCAUGGCUUUUUUGCAAAUUUAGAAAAAAAAAUUCAGAAACCCUGCCACUUAUGACUAUCCGUGUGAACAACGGGAAACGUAGAAGAACGGCCGGACCCUUCCCUCGCUCGAGAACUGAGGCAGUUAUCAGACAUCCCAUGUGA